UGAAUCAGGCAGCUCCAGUCCUGCCAUGACCAGCCAGAGAGAGUGAGGGUCCAACCCAAUUCACUACUGAGAGCCAGUUGAGACCCCAGAGGAAUCCCAAUCAGGGAACCAGCAAGCCCAAUUGAAGUCAGGAGAUGACCUGCCCCACCCAGAGGUGAAGAUAAAGUAAAGGGCCUUUUUUUUUUAAAGCCAGCCAACACUAUAGUGCUGCAACACUCCACCUGUGGAGGCAACCUGGGUCUUACCAGCUGCCUCAAGAAGAAGAUGGGCAGGGAGCUGAGGUUGGAGGAGUUUGUAAGUGUUAGGAGGGACAUUAUCCCUGGGCACUGUAAGGAGUCACUAUGAGUGGAGGCAUCAGGCACCAGAUUCCCCCCCACCAUACAAGGAGAUGGGAGAUGCUGCUCCAAAUAUGGACAAUAGCAAGCACCAAGGAGAGAAAAGGGAGGAGGAGGUUGCUGAUGUUGCAGUAUACUUGCUCUGUACUUCUAAUUCAGAUUUAAGGGGGAAAUGCGGAUGAUGACAUGGCCAGAAGGCCGAGCCACAAAGAGGACACUGCAGUUCCUGAGGCUGUGGGAGGGGCUGCAGUGACAGUGUGCAGACCACGGACAGGAUGUGUUGGCCUCAAGCUAAUCACCAGAGUGACCAGUGGGAGGUACCAGCCCUGCAGUGAGUGAUGCACCCAGUGACAAAGGGCUAUAGAUUUGUUCAUAUAUGUAUGGCUCCAGUAUUUAUAACCCACAGCAGACUGUUGCCUUUUGACUUACUAUAGUGCCUCUGAAGAACGCAAGCAGACAGUAAUAAUCAUGAUGCAGAAUAAUUGCCUCCUAAGGCAUAUAUAGGCUGUAGCACCCUAAUACCACUUAUUUUUGUGUGUAUGUAAUUCUGUUACUUUAAUUUGCUCUUUUCUGUCACAUGACACAAUAGUGAUCCAUCACAUACAAAACUUGAUGAGAAACUUCUUAUAAAUAAGGAUCAAUCUGACUUCAGCACAUCAGUCUAUAACUUUCACUCUACUUUUAUCUUAUGUAUUUUACAUUUAAAUUGUUUUACAUUUGAAAGAUGGUGACAAGUUAAUUUAUCUCAGUUACUCAGCAUGUUGCUUUCCCACAAAACACAGAUUACAUUUAAUUUGAUAAGGAUAAAGCUGGGAGUGGAUUUUGAAGCGCUAAAUUAGCAUUUUCAGACCAUGUUGAAGACCAAGCUGAAUGUCCUAACUCUUCGGAAAGAGCCUCUUCCUACAGUGAUCUUCCAUGAGCCAGAAGCCAUUGAGCUGUGCACCACAACUCCAUUAAUGAAGACCCGGGCCCACACUGGAUGCAAGGUUACAUAUUUGGGUAAGGUGUCCACAACAGGGAUGCAAUUUUUAUCAGGGUGCACAGAAAAACCUGUCAUUGAAUUAUGGAAGAAGCACACACUAGCCAGGGAGGACGUCUUCCCAGCCAAUGCCCUUCUGGAAAUUCGCCCCUUCCAAGUCUGGCUUCAUCACCUGGACCUCAAAGGCGAAGCCACAGUCCACAUGGAUACCUUUCAGGUGGCACGUAUUGCCUACUGCACUGCCGACCACAAUGUCAGCCCAAACAUCUUUGCUUGGGUUUACAGGGAGAUCAACGAUGACUUGUCCUAUCAGAUGGACUGCCAUGCUGUAGAGUGUGAGAGCAAGCUGGAGGCCAAGAAGCUGGCUCAUGCCAUGAUGGAGGCCUUUAAGAAGACUUUCCACAGCAUGAAGAGUGAUGGCCGGAUCCACAGGAAUAGCUCAUCUGAGGAAGUGUCUCACGAAUUCGAAUCUGAUGAUGGCUGACUCAACUCAUUGAUGGUACAGCAAGGGCAGAAAUUGCCUAGGGAAUAAGAGUUGAUAGAUGAAUAAGCAACAACUGAUAUCUGGAAUUAAAAGACGGCCAAACACUUGGCUGACCAGCUUUUUAAAUCAAAAGAGCAAAUCAGUACCUAAAGAUAUGCAUCAUUAAAGUAAUUAUGUUACAUUGAAAUCUGCUGCUGUUGUAAAUGUGAGAAAAAGCUUCCCCCCCUGCCCCAUUUCACCCCCCAACCCAUGCACCGUCAACAACUCUUUAUAGCCUGGUAUAGUUCAGGUGUACAAUCUAAAGUUGAUUCAGUCCAGUUUGCCUUAUGAAAUCCAUCAAGCAAUUUUAAUAGUAGAUUAUCUGGGAUUCAUAGCUGGGAUCUGAUGCUGCUAUGCAGCAGCAAGUGGAAAAGGGAGCCCCUUGGUUCAGAAAAAUGAAUCCCUUUCAAUGUCAUAUUGCAAAAUCCUUUGACCUUACCUAGGCUGAAACAGCCAUUCAUAAGCUUUUUGACAAAUGGCCUUACAUUCUGCAGUUUAUUCACAUUUCACAGAUUUUUAAAAAGAUGCUUAUAUUUACACAUUAUAUCAUAUGCUAUUCUUUAUUUUAUUCAUUUUGUCUAUUUUCUUAAUGUACCUGCAGCCACUCAUCUCCCACCAAGCACCAUUAAUUACAAUUUCCAGGAUACCAAAAAGGGAAAAAAAAAUCCAUGAUGGCUGGUAAUACAGUGAACCAGCUCCAUUAUUUCUUCUGAGAGUUGAGUGACAUGUUGCUAAGACCCGUGGUGUUUCACCAGUUGAACUGGAACUUAUGAUCCACCUCAGGUCUGAAGUGAUAUGAACAUGGUAGCCUUAACUCCACAGUAGUCUCCAUUCACCAACCUAGUACAUAUAAUUUCAUGUAGCUGGUACUCCUGGGUCACAAAGGCCAGGGGUGUGUUACCAUAAAUAGCAAAGUGUCUCUGACAAUUAAAGGCACUAUUCCUUUUAGAGUCAGGUUUGAAAUGAUUGGUUUGUACUGAAAUGACUGAGAAGUUCACAUUAAGAUAUCCUGCACUUUUCCUGGUCCACGGACAAAAAGGUUCAUAACUUUUGUAAAGGCAGAAAAAAAAUCAAAUAAAAACAAAGCCUUUGGUUCCCUAAAUGUUUUUAAGGCCAAGAGCAGAUGAAUAGUUUGCAAGUAAUGCUGCUCGUUGUUCGUAAUCAUGGUAAUGGUAGGGGCACUAGGGCACCUUACAGAAGCCUUAAAAGAAGCUAUGUGUCUGUGUUUUGUGUGUGUAUAUCUACAUUGUGUGAGAGAGCAUAUGUAUGCCUGUGUUAAAGCAUGUAGAUUGAGCAUGGAGCCAUGUUGAGGAGGACCCAUGGCUCUUGAAAAUAUGCUUGUUGCUUUCCAAUGUAUGUAAACUAUUCUCCAGCAUAAAUACAUUCAUACUUUAAUAAAAAAUAUGUUUGAGUUAAA